UUUAAUACUUCGUAACGUUUCAAGAUAUUAGACUGACCUUCACCGAUCACCAGUCAGUGAUAAUAUGUGUAUAUAAAUUAUAGAGUGUUUUCAAUUUUGAGACACAAAACAAAUAAAAUGUCAGCUAGAAUUAGGAUGGUGCUUUUUGUGAAUCUGUUAUCUCUUCUGUUUUCAACAGCUAUACUUCAUUCCAAUCAAAGUACACUGCCUCUCAGAUCAUUCAAGAUAAGUGAAAACGUAACAUAUGAUUGCAUAGAUAUUUACAAGCAACCAGGGCUCGAGCAUCCUUUUCUAAAAACCCACAAAAUUCAGUUGAAAUCAUCAAUUUCAAGACAUGAGUUAAAGAUGCAAACUGGCAAAAAUGAAACAUCUGACAAAAGGAAAAUAGAAUGUCCAAAUGGAACUGUUCCUAUAUUGAGAAAUACAAAAGAAUAUGUCACAAAUUCGCAAGUGUUUGCUGAGGAACAUUUUCAUCCGUUAUCAGCCGAUAGCCCUGGAACGCAUAUUGCUGGAGUAAGAUCAUCCAUUGGCCCAUUUCGGGGUGUACAAGCUUGGUUUAGUGCAAAUGCGCUAAACGUGGGAAAGGAUCAAGUCUCGUAUGGUCAAAUAUAUAUAGGCAGUGGAUCGGGAAACCAAGUCAAUUAUAUCUCAGCGGGUUGGAUUAUAAAUCCAGGUCUAUAUGGCGACCAACGUGUUUGGGCAUUUGGAUUUUGGAAGGGUAAGGAUGGGAAAGGAUGUUACAAUACCGCAUGUUCAGGGUUUGUUCAAGUAUCAAAGGUGAUUCCAAUUGUCAGGCCCAUUGAUCUUAAGCCAGGGGUCCCUGGCUGGUUUCGAUAUUUCAUUCAUCAGGAUAUAAAUACAGGAAACUGGUGGAUGACACAACUUAUGCAAAAUAUACCUGAUGAAGAUAUUGGUUACUGGCCAAAAGAAUUAUUUAACCUUUUAGAAAAUGGUGCAAAUAUGGUUGGAGUUGGUGGUGUGGUUCAGGCUUCACAUUCUGGUUCAAGCCCUCCCAUGGGUAAUGGUAAUUUUCCAAAUGGAGGCCGUCUAGAUUCAGGACUUUUUUCAAAUAUUGAAGUCUUGAAUUCCAACUAUGAGCAGCGUAAAAUGAAUUCUUUUCCUGUAGAGAAUUUGUUAGAUAGUGAGAAAUGUUAUGGGUUAAGAAUUGGUAAGGUAAAACCAUUCCAUCGUAAUCAUCUAGGUUUUUUUUUCAAUUAUGGUGGUCCGGGAGGGAAUUCAUGUGGAGUAUGACAUUUGCCAACAUAUGUACUCUUUAAAUCGGCAUUUAAUAAACGUAUUAUAAAUUAGUAAAA